GAAAAUGAAAGAAAAUAAUUUUAUAGAGCAGGACAAAAAAUUGCACUUUUCCGUCGAUAAUUCAUUCCUUUAGCAUUGAAUUCACGCAAUUAUUGUUCUGUUGACAAAAACUAUGUCUUCUGCGGAUGAGAACCCUCCAUUUAUAUAGUGGGUCAGUGAUGGAUUAGAUGAUGGAAACGUGGAGAAGGGUAGUUUCAGUUUCUGGAUUUUAAUUUCAACUCUCUGUAAUACUCUGAGAAGACACAGUUCAAUUUUUUGACAGAAAGAUAGAGGAAAAUGGAUCUAAGACACAAUGAAAUUGAAGGGAAUUCAGAGCCCACCCAAUCCCUUGGUCAAACAUCUCAUUUGGCCCUCGAUAUUGGAGGAUCUCUGAUCAAGGUGGUUUAUUUCUCAAUAAGUAGAGAUAAUUGUAUUGACCGUGAGCAGGAGAGCUCUGCAAAUGAUACCCUUGGAUUUUCCAACGGUAAUUGCAAGCAUCCUAUUCUUCAGGGAAGGCUCCAUUUUGCAAAGUUUGAGACAAGCAAAAUCAAUGAUUGCUUGGAGUUCAUUAGUUCCAAGAAACUUCACCUUGGUGGUUUCCAGCAUCAUGAAAAUCCUGGGAAGAACAAGAACUUCAUUAAGGCCACAGGUGGUGGGGCAUACAAAUUUACUGAACUUUUCAAAGAAAACCUUGGGAUUGAUCUUGACAAGGAAGAUGAAAUGGAUUGUCUUGUGGCAGGAGCAAAUUUUUUGCUUAAGGCAGUUCAUCACGAAGCUUAUACAUACAUAGAUGGUCAGAAGGAAUUUGUGCAGAUUGACCAAAAUGAUCUGUACCCAUACCUACUUGUGAAUAUAGGAUCUGGUGUUAGCAUGAUAAAGGUGGAUGGAGAUGGCAAAUUUGAGAGAGUUAGUGGAACAAAUGUUGGAGGUGGCACGUUUUGGGGUUUGGGAAGGUUAUUAACAAAAUGCAAAAGUUUUGAUGAGUUGUUGGAGCUAAGUCAUCAGGGAAAUAACCGAGUGAUAGACAUGCUUGUCGGCGACAUCUACGGUGGAAUGGAUUAUUCAAAGAUUGGCCUUUUAUCAACAACUAUUGCUUCCAGCUUUGGGAAGGCUGUUUCUGACAAUAAAGAGCUUGAAGAUUACAAACCUGAAGAUGUCGCCCGAUCUCUUCUUAGGAUGAUUUCAAAUAAUAUUGGACAAAUCUCUUACUUGAAUGCACUCCGAUUUGGGCUCAAGAGGAUAUUUUUUGGAGGAUUUUUCAUACGGGGCCAACCUUAUACCAUGGACACAAUUUCUGUUGCAGUUCAUUUCUGGUCUAAAGGGGAGGCAAAAGCAAUGUUUUUACAGCAUGAAGGAUUUCUGGGAGCUCUAGGUGCAUAUGUGAGCUAUGCAAAGCACAGCAUUGAUGAUUUGGUAUGUAAUCAAUCCAUGCAACUGCCUGUCAGUGCAUCAUACACUGCAGAUCCAAAUUAUAACCCACUAAAUGGGGAUUUUAAUGAUAAUGAAAGUAUACAGUGCAGUGUUUAUGCAGCUUAACUUGGGCAGUGCCUUUCUUUCUUGCACUUGGGCAUGAGUGAGAAAUUGCUGGUAGCCAGAGCACCAUGUGCAGGUUAGAAAAAUUUGUAGAAUGUGUACCAUAGUUGAAACAUGACAGGACUAAUAAUUUAUAUCAGAAAGAUCAUAAGACUGAUACCGUUAAGUAUCAGGGGAAGCAUAAAAGAGAUAUUGAGGAGUCCAAAUAAACCUUUUUUACUUUACCUGAUUGCUUGUAUAACAUGUGUCUAGAUUUUGUUGUAAUUCACAACCAUAUUCUGUAGAUUCAAAUAAAUCCUGUAACUCAAUUGUUUAGUUAA